AUGCAAAUAAAUGCAAUUCGAGUUAUUUCUGAAACGGUUCCUGUUCUGAAAACAUUGAAAGAUGCCUUGUUCUGGACUGUCCGAGAAGAUUUGAAUAAAGUUAUCGAAGAGUGUGCUCAAGUAUCAGGCGAUGACACAACAGCUCGACCAUCACCAACAGAAGAGCCAGAAUAUACGACUGCCUCUCCACCAACUGGAACUACUGAAGACCCUGACUCCGAUCAUACCACUGGAACUACACCAACACCAACAACAGCUGUUGACCCGUUUGCGUGCACACCUUCGCCACAAACAACUACAACACGUGAUCCGACAACUCAAGAGGGAUACGCCUGUGGUGGACACAUUGCUGCUACGAAUAUGCCUAACAAAACAAUUGCCUGUCCAUUCAACCAAGUUUUAGAUUAA